GGCGGGUCCUAGCCCAGCCCCAGUCUGGCCCCAGACAGCCCCAGCAAAGCCGCCCUCAGCCAGCCCAGAAGCACUGGGCCUUGCCGCAGCAACACCCACUGAGCACGCUGGGAGCUGAGUAUGGCAGUCCUGGUCCCGCUGGAGCUGGGGCUACUGCUGGCUGUGCUGGUGGUGACAGCGACGGCGUCCCCGUCUGCUGGUCUGCUGAGCCUGCUCGCCUCUGGCCAGGGCGCUCUGGAUCAAGAGGCACUGGGCGGCCUGUUAAAUACGCUGGCGGACCGUGUGCACUGCACCAACGGGCCGUGUGGAAAGUGCCUGUCUGUGGAGGAUGCCCUGGGCCUGGGCGAGCCCCCGGGUCCAGUCCUGGAGACUGGGUAUAUCGCCCGCCUCAGUGCGGCUGCCGCCCUGUACCUCAGCAACCCCGAGGGCACAUGUGAGGACGCUCAGGCUGGCGGCUGGGCCUCUCAUGCGGAUGACCUCCUGACCCAGCUCGAAAGCCCUGAGGACCUGAUCCUGGGCCUGAGUAGACUGCUGCAGAGGAUUCAGGCCCGGGCUGCUGGCCAGGCCCCCAAGACGGCCUGCGUAGAUAUCCCGCAGCUGCUGGAGGAGGCCGUGGAGGCGGGGGCUCCAGGCAGUGCUGGGGGCGUCCUGGCUGCCCUGCUGGACCAUGUCAGGAGUGGGUCUUGCUUCCUCGCCUUGCCCAGCCCUCAGUACUUUGUGGACUUUGUGUUCCAGCAACACGGCAGUGAGGCCCCUAUCACGCUGGUCGAGCUGUCGGCCUUGAUGCAGCGCCUGGGGGUGGGCUCCACCAUGGAGGCCCAUGGCGACCACAGUCACCAGCACAGGAGGGCCAGCGGCCAGGACCCUGUGCCCCUCUCUACGUCCAACAGCAGCUCCAGUGUGUGGGACACGGUGUGCCUGAGCGCCAGGGACGUGAUGGCUGUGUAUGGACUGUCAGAGGAGGCAGGGGUGACCCCGGAGGGCUGGACCCAACUGAGCCCUGCCCUGCUCCAACAGCAGCUGAGUGGGGCCUGCACCUCCCAGCACGGGCCCCCCCUCCAGGACCAGCUCAGCCAGGCAGAGAGUUAUCUGUACGGCUCUCUGGCCACGCUGCUCAUCUGCCUCUGCGCCGUUUUUGGUCUCCUGCUGCUGACCUGCACUGGCUGCAGGGGGGUCACGCACUAUGUCCUGCAGACCUUCCUGAGCCUGGCGGUGGGUGCACUCACUGGGGACGCUCUCCUGCAUCUGAUGCCCAAGGUGCUGGGGUUGCACACACACAGUGAAGAGGGCCUCAGCCCACAGCCCACCUGGCGCCUUCUGGCGGUGCUGGCCGGGCUCUACGCCUUCUUCCUGUUUGAGAACCUCUUCAACCUCCUGCUGCCCAGGGACCCAGAGGACAUGGAGGACAGGCCCUGCAGCCACAGUAGCCACAACCACGGUGGCCACAGCCACGGCGUUUCCCUGCAGCUGGCACCCAGGGAGCUCCGGCAGCCCAAGCCACCUCACGAGGGCUCUCGCGCAGACCUGGUGGCGGAGGAGAACCCGGAGCUGCUGAACACGGAUCCCAGGAGACUGAGCCCAGAGUUGAGGCUGCUGCCCUAUGUGAUCACGCUGGGCGACGCCGUGCAUAACUUCGCCGACGGGCUGGCCGUGGGCGCCGCCUUCGCGUCCUCCUGGAAGACCGGGCUGGCCACCUCGCUGGCCGUGUUCUGCCACGAGUUGCCACACGAGCUGGGGGACUUCGCGGCCUUGCUGCACGCGGGGCUGUCCGUGCGCCAAGCCCUGCUGCUGAACCUGGCCUCCGCGCUCACGGCCUUCGCCGGUCUCUACGUGGCACUCGCCGUCGGAGUCGGCGAGGAGAGUGAGGCUUGGAUCCUGGCGGUGGCCACCGGCCUGUUCCUCUACGUGGCGCUCUGCGACAUGCUCCCGGCCAUGUUGAAAGUGCGGGACCCUCGGCCCUGGCUCCUCUUCCUGCUACACAACGUGGGCCUGCUGGGCGGCUGGACCGUCCUGCUGUUGCUGUCUCUGUACGAAGAUGACAUCACUCUCUGAUACCCUGCCCUAGUCCCUAGCCUUUGACUCAAGACCCCACACCCCACAAACCUACAGCCCAGAAGCCAGGGCCCCUAUAGAGGCCCCAGUCCCAACUUCAAUAAAGACACUCUCGUUCUCGGA